CUUGGUUUUUUUUAAAACCCGAGCCCAUUUUCUUCAACCUUUAUUCAUGAGCCGAAUCAUUUUAUUCUCAAACCCAAACACACUUCCUCGUUCAUAUAAAACCGUAGGGUUUUAGCUUUCAGGCCGACAGAUUAGAGAUACAAAGCCACAAAGGCAAACGGAGACGGAGAAAAAAAGAUAACAAAUCAAUGGAAGCGAAAAAACUAACAGCGGAAUCAACUCCCAUAUUCCAAGAAGGAAUAGGCCUAAUUCUCUCUCGAUGGUCGGCUCUCACCGCCGCAGUCGAAAACCAGUGGGGCGGCCGUGAAUCCCGCGUCAAAGCCAACACGCUCUGCUCCGACGUCUUCUCCUUCUUCACUGAAUCCAAAGCUGAGCCGCUUUAUAUAGAUGAUUUGGAGAAUAUUUUAGAGGAAGGUUUGCUCAGUCUUAAUACAUUGGUUGAAGAUGGUAGCAUUGAGGAGGUGGCAGAGAAGUUAAUGAUUAUGCACGAAGAAUGUUUGGAAGGUAAUUAUCAGUCAAUUGAGAAACUGAGGACAACUAAUCCUCCGACAGUUGCUCAUGUCAGACCGUUUACUGAGGAAGAUGAGGAUGAUGAUGAAAGCAUGGAUGCUGACAAUGCAACAAACAUGAUGGUGGAUGUACCAAACCCUCAAUCAAGUUUGAAUCCAGUCAGUAUGCCAACGGAUGAGCCAAAGCCAAACCAGGCAGCCGAAGCAGAAGAUGGUUGGGUAGUAGUCUCAUCCAGAAGAAACAAGGGUAGAAGGAAUUAGGCUGUAUUUUCUAUUACCCUUGUUUCCCAUUCCUUAGUGGUAUAUAAGUUUCUCAACACAUUUCUGACGUGCUAAUUAUUAUUGUUUGUUUUUCUUUGUAAUGUUACAUCCAAAGAAGUUACUGAUUUCUUAUUCUCGGAUAUGAAUUUUUCUUGGUCCAAAGAAAGGUCAUCGAUUGGGUUUGAAUCUUAUACUGAAUGUAUCUUUUACAGAUGAUUAUAUGUAUUAAUUGAAAUAAAUCUCGAGUUUAAAUAG